AUGUUUGGCCUGACCCUGGAGCAGGUGAUGGCUCACCGAAUAGCCGCGGCGGCUAUGUCGGAGUUCGUGAAGACCUUCGUGGGCUUGGCCAUCGUGGACGCCACCAAACCCACUACCGAACCCACCACCACCACUACCACUACUACAAUCACUGCCGCUGCCGCCCCCCGGGCUGCCAAACCGGUCAACCAAUAUGGAAGACCGGUGGCACGCCUCAGAAGGCGUAGAGUUGACAAUGAGUCCUCCGCCUUAAAAUCCGGUGAUGGCCAUUCCACCGGUAUCCGUGCCUUUCACAGGCCGGAUAGUCCAUUAACGGUUACCUUCCAAAGGUACCAAAAUCCGUUGAAGCUGCCGUGCCCUAAAAAGGCCAAGGAUUCGGUGAAUCCUCAGGCGAACAUUUCGUUCGUCCUGAACACCGAAGCGAAGGUUUACCACCAAACCUUCGUGACGGUAGAAUGUGGGGGGUUGGAGAGGGUAGAGGGGAUCUUGUAG